GCUGUGCGACGCUCAAAAUGGCCGCCCCCAGGGCGCCCCGAGCCCGCCGCCAUCCGCCGCCGCGGGGCUGAGCGGGGGGCUCGGGCAGCGAGCCGGGACGGGGCCGCGGAGCCCCGCCGGGCCCUCGGCGGGAUGUGGGGGGCCCUGCUGCGGCUCGGGGGCCGGCGGGGGCUGUCGGGGGGCGUCCCGCCGCCGGCCGCGCCCUGGAGCCAGGUGGUUUCGGAGGCCGAGAAGAUCGUGGGGUACCCGACGUCCUUCAUGAGCCUGCGGUGCCUGCUGAGCGACGAGCUCAGCAACAUCGCCAUGCAGGUCCGCAAGCUGGUGGGCACCAAGCACCCGCUGCUCGACACCGCCCGGGGUUUUGUGUACGAUAGCCGAAACAAUUUACAGAUGCGAGGUUUGGUCGUAUUGCUCAUUUCCAAAGCUGCUGGACCCAGCACAGCAGAACUCUCUUUCCAGCACAACAUGGUCAGUGGGAUUUAUUCCAGUCAAAGAAGUCUGGCAGAGAUUACAGAGCUGAUCCACACUGCCUUUCUGGUGCAUCGUGGCAUAGUAAAUAUCGGUGAGCUCAAGUCCUGCGAUGGUCCACUGAAGGAUAUGCAGUUUGGGAAUAAAAUGGCUGUUUUGAGUGGAGAUUUUCUUCUAGCAAAUGCUUGCACAAGCCUUGCUCAGUUGCAGAAUACCAAGGUUGUGGAGCUCAUAUCAAGUGCUAUUGGUGACUUAGUUCAAGGUAUAUACUAUGAAAACUCAAAAUCAUCUGAGGAGAACUGUCUUACAGAUGACAUCGGAAUAUCUACAUGGAAGGAGCAGGUUUUCCUGUCACAUAGUGCCUUGCUGGCAAAGAGCUGCCAGGCUGCAAUGGAACUAGCAAAGCACAGCGCUGAGAUUCAGGACAUGGCAUUUCAGUAUGGAAAGCACAUGUCUAUGAGUCAUAAGCUACAUUCGGACCUUCAGCCAUUUGUUAAAGAAAGUUCUAGUGACAUCAUGGCCUUCAGUUUGAAUUGUGCUCCUGCAGUCCUUCAUCAGGAAUUCCUUGGAAGGGAUGCAUGGAUUAAACAAAUCAGAGAGGCACAAGGAAAAGGAAAUAUAAUGGACUACAAGAAGCUGCAAGAAGCGAUCAAGGCUGGCAAAGGUGUGACUUCUGCCAUCGACCUGUGCCGUUGCCACGGAAACCGAGCGCUGGCGGCCCUCGAGAGCUUCCCUCCCUCGGAGGCCAGAGCGGCCUUGGCCAACAUCGUCUACGCCGUCACCAGGUUCUCCUGACGCCGUUGCCGGAGCCAGCCUACGCGCGGCGCUGGGGACACGCUCCCCGUGCCGCACACCCAGCCCCGGCCUCCACACCGAACAAAAUUUAGGGGGCGGGAGGGGAGAGAAAGAAAAAAAAAAAAAAAAAAAAAAAAAAGGGAUGAAAUUAAAAAAAAAAAAAGUCAACCUGUUUUUUUCGCUCGUCGUGCCAGAAGCACACUUGAGGCUCUGCGCCGGUAGAAAUAAUUAAUGAGGCCCGUUUCCGUGACCUCGGCAAAUGGACAGGAAAUAAGUGCCUAUUGAUUGGGCACCGGCGGGGACGGCGCCAGGGCGGAGGCUGGCGGUUUUCCUGCCUGGGGAGGCCGGGAUGGAGGCAGGGAGGGAGGCCGGAGGGCGCGCAGAGGCAGGUGCCGCGCUCCCGGAGCCGGGAAUCGGCGUGCCCCUGUUUAUCGCCGCGAAGGGCAGCCCGGGGAAUCAGCGGGGGGGAAAACCCUUCAUCUGCCUGCAUGCGGCCGGUCGUGUCUCCCCACGCUGUUUUUAUGUAUUCGUAUGUAAAAUCACCCCGUGCCCAAUGCUUUCCCUCUUUGAGAAACUCGCUGAGAAAAUGUGUCAAGCACGGUAAGUAGGAGCUUUAAAAUAUUUAAUCAAAUAUUAAUUUGGCUCUGUUAAGGGAAGUGACUGCCUGGUUUUUAUACUGUGCAUACAAAAUGUGCUGCUCUGGGUCAAAGAACUGAGGUCUUUCCACUCUUCUUGGGGAAGGAAUAUCCUUCCCUGGGAUCAAGAAGUUUGUUUCAGCUCAAUCUUACACAAAGCAGUUUCCUAGAUUUGCCACACUUUCGUUGAUUUAAGCCAAAUAAAUGCUAAUUUCUAGGGCUAAAUGUCAUCUUUUGGCAGAAAGGGACGAGGAAUGUUCAGUCUUUCAUCACUCUGAAUAAAAUGGAGAAAACACUGGAGAAGUUUUGAACCUCAGUGCGUUGAAUUCUAAAGUCCAACUGCAGAAAGCUUGUAAGGUGUAUCAGGAGCCUGCAAUGCGAGACUGUCUCUAUUUUGUUCAUAGGAGAUGAUUUUUGUGGUUUGCAUGCAUGCAAUCCGAGAACGUCGUUGACAAGAAGGCUGAGUUUACAUAAAUGAUCUAGAUUGAGACUCAGCUACCUUUCUUCCUUCUGUGGUGUAAUUACAGCCCAAUCUGGAGACAGCUAGCACAGCAAACAGAUUUCAUUACAUCGUUCACUCAAACACUAAGUGGAGUUAUUUCUGUUAAAUUCUCUCCUCCCUCCUUCUCCCCCUGCACUCCUCCCCCCUCUGUCACACAGCUUAUUUAUCGUAGACCAGCGUGUUGCAUUCCACCGAAUGCAAAAUAUAAAUACAAACUGUAGCCUCUGAAAAUGUACUGAAAAUCUAUCCUGCAUGAUGUACAUAAUAUUCUGUGUAAAAUAUGCCUAUAUUAUACUGUAAUAUUACAUGUAUAAUAAGGACACUCGAGACAGUCAUUGUAUGGCAGCCGUGUCCAAAACUCAGGACUUGCUUUAUUUUGGAGAAUGUCUUCAGCACCAGACCCCUUCUUGCUUGCAUUUUCUUUUUUUUUGCCUGCCCUGGUUUUUUGUCUCUUCUCACCUCUGCCUGGGUUAGUGCUGCUGCCAGAGCAGGAAGGCUGGAGACAGCAGAGAAGCACCCAGGCAGUGGUAGUUGCAGGCAUCUGCCUGAGCAGAACCUGAGGGAACUUCACAGGUGAAAAUGUAAAUGGCUUACAUCGUCAGUGGGCUUGCAAGUAAAUAUUCAAAUUCAACCCCAGUCAUGUUUCAGGCAGCUUUUUUGGACCUGAUUUUUACUCAUUAAGGAUAGAAGGAGCCAUACAUUAUCUUUAUCUCAUAUCUACACUAAAUGCUUCAUAAUGAUUUACGGCUGCAAGGGGCUUGGGUCUGACUGGAGAUAUUCUGAGCCAUCUCUCCUCAGUUAUGUGAAAGAAAUAUCAAACAUAUGCAAAAAUCUCUGUACACCUGGUUUAUUUUUUCAUGAAAGUACACUUUUUUCUAUUUGUACUUUUUACUAAUAAAGACAAA